AAAGUAAAGGACCGGUGAGUGGGCUUCCCGAGAUUAAUAAUACUGAACAGGGUUACCAAAACUAAUCCCCAUAAGCCGUUUUAAACAAUUCGCUAAAUUAGGGUCAAUUAAGCUUAAUUAAGUGCCCCACGGCGAGUAGCCCCGAGUUCGAGUCGCCCAGCUCAGCAGGGAUAUGACCUUUGACCCGUGACGUAGAAUCGAGAAGCCGGUCUUCAGGCAGCUACUGGGCCACAUGUACUAAAACAAAAGAAAUGGCUGAUGCUGAAUACGAGGAGUCGAGUCUUUUGUCGAAAAGUAUGGAGAGCAGCAGUAGCAGUGAUGGAAAUGCGGACUUUGAUGAAGAGGUAGACACCUGCAAAGCUACUACUUUGGACAUAAACCCGUAUAUGUUCGAACCAGAGUGGUCAUCGGACGGAGACGAGACACCCGAGGUGGAAGGAAAUGUCACGGACAUUGAGCCUGAGGGUCCUGACCGACGUGAGAACACUGAAUGGUGUACUUGUGGUCAGUGUCAUCCGCUGGAUUCACAAGAGGAAUGCAUUUGCUGCCAAGAAAUUUCCAGAGUGGUGGAUAGGAUCGAGUUGGCACCCGGGGAUGAAAAACCGAAGUGCAUAACAGAGCACCCAGGUUUUCAGUCUGUUGUUCUGGAUAGGGAUGUGCUGGAAACGGCUUACUAUGUGUAUAGGCAACAGUAUGGACCAAUGAAUUUGACCCAUAAUUCGCAAUAUCGGUAUGUAGCAUAUCGCCAGCUGUGUAGAUGGUGUUGGAAAUGGUUGGGGAAAAGAAUUCGUGUGGUUCUUCCAGCAUGCUGUGUCCACAAGAUCUUACAAGAAUUUCCCCUGGCUGAUGGAGAACAGCGCACUGGAUACCGGGAUCCCCACUGAAGAUAACAACAUAUAUCCAUGCUUCACUUGUAAAUUAUUUGAAAAAAUGUACAUAAAGCUAUUCAUGUUGUUUUACCCAGUUUGUUUUGUUAUUUAUUUCUUGGUUGUCAAUAAAUGUACUGCCACUUAUGGCAGCGAUCAGGAUAACUGUGGUAAUCAGCAUAUAAUAAUUCACUCAUAAUUGAUUGAUUUGCCUUUAGGCAUUAUCAC